AUGUCUGGGCUGCCGAGUCUACACUCUAUACCACUUUCCCUGGUUCUAACCGCUGGUGUUGUGCCCGUCGCGUUCUACAUGUUCUAUGAUCGGCUGCCACCUCUAUGGCCGUCCUCGAAGAAGGCCAUGAUGAUUGGCCCAAAGCAACCGCAAACUAUAACCUCGCUUGAAUGCCCCUACAGUUAUCUUCGCCAAAUUUAUGGGAAAUACCACUGGGCUCCCUUCCUACAUAAAAUAUCUCCAAACCUCAAAAAUGAAGACCCGCCCAAGUACCAGUGGAUUCUUGAAGUUAUGGACGUUAUCCACUUGUGCCUGAUGCUAGUAGACGAUAUUUCUGACAACAGUGACUUUCGAAAGGGCAAGCCAGCCGCCCAUAGGAUCUAUGGCCCAUCCGAGACGGCAAAUAGGGCAUACUACCGCGUGACGCAGAUCUUGAACGAGACGGUAACCCGUUUCCCAAAACUGGCGCCGUUUCUCCUCCAGUGUCUUGAAGAAAUAUUGCACGGUCAGGAUCUCUCCCUGAUUUGGCGACGAGAUGGCCUCAAUGCGUUCCCUACCAGUGCCGAGGAGCGGAUGGCGGCAUACCGAGAGAUGGCGUCCCUGAAGACAGGGGCUUUAUUCCGGCUUAUGGGCCAAUUGGCCCUGGAGGAUAAAUCCAAGGAUCGAACCUUGACUAUUGUCGCAUGGUGUACGCAGCUCCAGAACGACUUCAAGAACGUUUACUCGUCCGAAUACGCAAAGGCAAAGGGGGCCCUUGCAGAAGAUCUUCGAAACCGCGAGUUUUCAUAUCCUAUAGUCCUUGCACUUGAAGCUCCAGGCGGGGAGUGGGUGGUCAGAGCCUUGGAAUGCGGCUCACCUCGUAACAUCCGAAAAGCACUUGAGGUGAUCCAAAGCGAGAGUGUCCGCAAUACCUGUUUUGCUGAGCUGAAAUCUUCCAGUGUCCCUGUCAAAGACUGGCUGGACAUAUGGGGGCGUGAUGAGAAGAUGAACCUGAAAAGUCAGAAGAAGUGA